UAUGGGGUAACAAUUGCUUUUUACAGGGACGAAGGGUGAACUGGAUUGGUUCUUCACGAUCGCACUUCCUGCCACCCGCAGGCUGAGGGACCCCUCGAAGGACAGGGAUGGCUUGCUUGCUGAGUGAAUAGCGUCAAUGCGGAAGGAUGAGCGGGGAUUUCGCUCUAGAGCUCUCCCUGUUAGCUUCGAUUGUUUUUUCGUGGAGGAGCGGAGGAGGGGCAGAGCAGAGCUUCAGCUUCAGCUUCAUGGAGCUUUGGGAGCUGUCGUUUCGUCUCGCUCCCCCGCGACUUUCGAUUGUUUCUCUCUUCCUUCUUCGUUCUUUGAAUUCCUUUUCGACGAUUGUCUUUGUCAAUUGCUGUAACGAUGCAUUUGUGUUCGUGACGGUUAUUCAUUAUUCGUUCCUUUUUAUUAUUAUCAUAAUACAUUAUGUUCAAACCGUCUUCACCGAGCUCUCGAUGCAUCGUUUUGCUGCCGGUCGAACGACUGAGCUCGUCUCAACCUUGACAACAUCAUCAUGAGCCAUCACAUCUUCUCGAACAACUGGCCUCCCAUCUCCCCAACCCAACGCCCUCACACCUCCUCCCCUCCCCUCGAAAUUACAAAAACUACAAUGCAAAGGGGGAUAUAAUCGUGCAC